AUGUACUCUGCACCGCAGAAUUCGCAGUUAAAUAUACUUGAUCCAACAUAUUUAUUCACUUUGUCGCGGCAGAAACAAAGGAAGAUAAUAGGACAACAUUUGUAUCCGCUGAUUUUUAACAUGUAUCCGAAUUUUUUUCCUCACAAGCUCACUGAUAUUCUGCUAGACAUCAAUUCGAUAGGUGCGUUGAUUUCUAUGAUACAUGACCCCGUGAUUCUGAAAACCAAACUCGGGGAAGCUGUCAGGGUGCUUCAAACUUAUUAUGGUCUGAAUCAGUAAAAAAAGAAUCUGGCAUCGAACAAUAGUCAUGAUUCUUUUGAAGUUAUAUUUGAUUAUACUAUACAAUUAG